UUACAACUUUUAGGCUGCUACUACGAUGUUUAUUAAAAACAUCAGUUAAAAUUGGCUAAAAUAAAUUUGUCGAUGCAUUAAUAAUUACGCAGCGCACCUGAAUAUUAGAAACAGUAUAAAUCACUUACAAUGGGCAAUCAAGCACUGGCCAGUGUGCAAAUGGAAGCUAGCAAAAGCAUGCCAAGCGACCAUGCUAAAUAUAUGUCCGCCGCUGGCGGUUCUCCUCCGCCAGAAUGCCCCAUGCAUCAGAAGCAGGGCGAUAACAAAUCUGCCUCGGCAGUGCCACCACAUCCAAAAAUGCAGGCAGCAUCCGAGUGUCCUGUGCAGCAUGACAACACUGACGUAAAUCCACUAAACAUGAUGCCUCCAGCCAAUCAACAGCCUGCGGCCGACCAGCCCUUCCCAUUGCCCACAGAUCGUCAAACUUCGAGCAUACCAAAGGUAACGGAGGACGGAACCGUCCAGUUUUGGCAGUAUCCUAGCCAGCAAAUGUUCUGGAAUGCCAUGUUGCGCAAGGGCUGGCGCUGGAAGACCGAGGACGUUUCACAGAAGGAUAUGGGCGAUAUCAUACGCAUACACAAUGCCAAUAACGAACAAGCAUGGCAGGAAGUGCUUAAGUGGGAGGCGCUACACGCCAAGGAAUGUGGCAAUCCACGUCUAAAGAGCUUUGGUGGCAAGGCCAAAGACUUCAGUCCACGUGCACGCUUCCGCAGCUGGUUGGGCUAUGAACUUCCUUUUGACCGUCACGACUGGAUUGUCGACCGAUGUGGCAAGGACGUACGCUAUGUCAUUGACUACUAUGAUGGUGGUCUUGUGGACAAGGAUUACCGCUUUGCUUUGCUUGACGUGCGCCCGGCCAUGGACUCUGUGGACAAUGCUUGGGAUCGCAUGCGCGUGGCUUACAUGCGCUGGAAAUUUGAAUUGUCGGAGAAAUUCGGCAGUGGCAAAGUGUCAGCCGGAAGUGAAUGAAACGUUUAAUUUGAGAAUGAUGUACAAAAUUGGCCUAAGUUAUUCAAUGCACUGUUAGCAAAUAAACACUGGUGCUUAUCAA